AACCAGGGCUUCUCACUGGCUAGCAGCACACCUUUCUUUUUGAAGGUCCGAGCCCACCUAGAUUGGCACGCGCGAGCCUGACCGCCUCCGAGCACCACGUCAGGUUCUGACUCUGCUUCAAGCCACUCCUAUUCUUCGGCUGACCGCCCCCGGUGGUCACGUGGAGCUGCUCGCCACGCAAGUCUGGGUCCUGCGAUCCACCGGGGUCCUUGCCGCCUGGGAGCCGCUCCUACGCUGCCUGUUCGCGCGAGAGUUUGGAGGGGCGGGUUUGGGGUCGGUCUCUAGUGUGGGACUCGAACCGUAGCGCAUCUGAGACCUGCUUAGGCGUCCACUUAGGGCUCGAGGAGCUGGCUCAGGCAGUCGCCGGGGCACCCCGUGUCUGGAAAGCGCAGGAGCGCUCUGGAGACGCCUGGACAGCCCCGCUUUCCCGCAGCCAGGUGCUAGGGUCGGGAGCUAAAGUGAGAGUCCGGCUGUCUUCCAGCGCCUGGGCCACGGCGGCGGCCCUGGGAGCAGAGGUGGAGCAACCCCAUUGCGCUAAAGAUGAAGGGCUGGGGUUUGCUGGCCCUGCUUCUGGGGGCCCUGCUGGGAGCUGUCUGGGCCCGGAGGAGCCAGGAUCUACACUGUGGAGCUUGCAGGGCUCUGGUGGAUGAACUAGAGUGGGAAAUUGCCCAGGUGGAUCCCAAGAAGACCAUUCAGAUGGGCUCUUUCCGAAUCAAUCCAGAUGGCAGCCAGUCAGUGGUGGAGGUGCCUUAUGCUCGCUCAGAGGCCCACCUCACAGAGCUGCUAGAGGAGGUAUGCGACCGGAUGAAGGAGUAUGGGGAACAGAUUGACCCUUCUACCCACCGCAAGAACUACGUACGUGUAGUGGGCCGGAAUGGAGAAUCCAAUGAACUGGACCAACAGGGGAUCCGAAUUGAUUCAGACAUCAGUGGCACCCUCAAGUUCGCAUGUGAGAGCAUUGUGGAGGAAUACGAGGAUGAACUCAUUGAAUUCUUUUCCCGAGAGGCUGACAAUGUUAAAGACAAACUCUGUAGUAAGCGAACAGAUCUAUGUGACCAUGCCCUGCACAUAUCGCAUGAUGAGCUAUGAACCACUGGAGCGGCCCAGACUGACAAGCUUGAUGGAUCACCCCCAGGAGGGGAGAGGGUGGCAAUGCCUUUUAUAUUAUGUUUUUACUGAAAUGAACUGAAAAAAUAUGAAACCAAAAGUA